UGAAUACAUAACUACUUCAGAUUCCGAUAGAACAUUUUAUUUCUCUUCAUUGGCUUUUUUUUCUUUCAUUCUAUUCUUCAUGAAGUUGAGUUACAAUUUUCAAUGUACACUCUCUCGACUUUAGUACAUACUUCAUUUCUUUUUAUAUAAUCCUAUUACCAUGCAAUUUUUCAACCUCUCUACGGGGGUUCUCCUUCUAAGCGCUGUUUUAUCUACAACGGCUCUUCCUACAUUGUAAGUAUUCUCCUCUCAUUCGAUGGCCCUGAAUGAUAAACCAUUUUACCAGUACACCUAAUGCUAUCGCACUUCAAGCUCGUGAUGAGGUGUCGGAGGCAAAAACAAUCUGGCUCAGGGAGAAGGCCGCCGCUCAGCCAAAAGUCCACCGCCGCACAUUUGGAAUUUGGGAGGGUAUGAAAUCGGGAUGGAAGGCGGGACUUGCUCGUGAGGAGGCGAAAUAUGUUAAAAAGGUCCUCUUGAAAGCCGACAAGGACUAUCAGGCCCGCUUAGCCUCUGGAGCUGUCAAGAACCCCGCCGAGAAGGCCACCAAGCCAACAAUACACCGCCGCAUGUGGGGGGCACUGAAAAAUGUAUGGAGGGUGGACCGCGUGCGAGGGUUCGCCAUGCGAUGGGAGAGAUAUGAGGCCAAGAAAGAGCAAGAAGCCCGCGUCAAAAACGCCGCCGCUCAGGCGGCAAAAAUAACGCGCCAUACACCUAUGUCGGGGGCCGUUGUAAAGGGAUUGGAGGAGGGCCUCGCCGCUGCAAGGAAGAAAGAGGCCAAUCGGGAGGCCUUGAAAGCUGAGCAGAGAGCCCAGGCCCAGCUAGACCGGCAGGAGGCUGAGGCUGAGAACGCUGCUUUGAAAGAGUGGGCUGCGAAAGCUGCCUUGAGAGACGCGCAUGAAGCGAAAAUGAUCCAGAGGCAUGGAUCAAGGGAGAAAUGGCAGAAAUGGGAGGCUGAUCGGAAGGACUUUCGUGAGGAUCGGAAGAAGGCCGGCCUUGACGCAUCAGAUAUAAAGAUAACCGCAAGACCCGCAACAAUUCAACGCCGCACGCCUAUGUGGGGGGGCGCUGUAAAGGGAUGGAAGGAGAGCAUCGCUGCUGCGAAGAAGAAAAAGGCUGAUCAACAGGCCUUGAAAGCUGAGCAGAUUUAUGACGCCCGCACAGCCCUUUAGGUAAUCAGAGGCAGUACUACCAAAGGC